AUGCUGCUGCUGCUGCUGCAGCAGCAGCAGCAGCAGCAGCAGCAACAGCAGCAGCAGGAACAGCUGAUGCUGCAGCUGCAGAUACAGCACGAAGAAAAAGAAGAAGAAGAGGAGGAGUUGCUGCUGAAAAAGCAAAAAAAGAAAACGCAAAACGAAGAAGUACAGCUGCAGCAGCAGCAGCAGCAGCAGCAGCAGCAGCAGCAGCAGCAGCAGCAGCAGGAGCAGCAGCAGCAGCAGCAGAGAGAAGAAGCAGAAAAAGAAAGACAAGUGAGAGAAGGGGCCAUUAGUUUUUUUUAUGAGGUCGAUAGAAAAGAGCCAGCAGCAAUACUGCAUGCGCUGCCUGAGCUGCUGUCUGCUCUGGGUGCAGCAACAGCAGCAGCAGCAGCAGCAGCACCAGCAGCAGCAGCAGCAGCAGCAGCAGCAGGAGCAGGAGAAGCAGCAGCAGGGAGGAGUGGAGGAGGGGCAGCAGAAAGGGCUGCUGCUGCUGCAAUCAAAAAAGAAAGAGACAGAAUACUCAGCAGUGCUGCUGCUGAGCUGAGGUGUAUGUGUAAGAAAGCAGCAUUCAGGUGUAUAGGCAGAUACAAAAAUUUUAAUAGAGGGAAAGAAGAUAAUAUAAAUAACGAUGAGCUGCAGCAGCAGCAGCAGCAGCAGCAGCAGCAGCAACAGCAGCAGCAGCAGCAGCAGCAGAUGCAGCAGCAAAUGCAGCAGGAACAAGAACAGACCCAAUCGCUCAAUUGUAAUACAGAGGACGGUGUAGCCCUAAAGAACGCGAUCAGCGAAUUGCUGCAAAAGAUAGCAGCAGCAAGAGGAGAAACAAAUGAAGAAAACGGGAGAGACACAGCAGCAGCAGCAGCAGCAGCAGCAGCAGCAGCAGCAGCAGCAGCAGCACGUCAAACAAAACAGCAGAAACAGAGACAGCAACAGCAACAGCAGCAGCAGCAGCAGCAGCAGCAAGAAGCAACAACAGCAGCAACCAUGGAGACGCAGGGGAGGGCCAAGGAGAAGAAACAGACAAAGAAGAGAUAA